AUGGCGGUUACAAACAAUAAGAAAAUAACAUUUACCAUUGAAAAUCUAGCGAAAAGCAGCCGGACGGAAAAUCAUGACGGGGACACAAACGAAAUGUAUUUCAUUAACAGAAAUCCGUGGCAAAGCGUCACAAGUGUCCAUACUAGUCCGUAUAUUACAAAGAAUGAACCAUCAUUGUCAUGUAAUUCUCCUGUACAGUUUCAUUCUCCAAUUGGAAACAUGAGAGACACAUUCCGACUCAGUCCCGACGAUGGAUAUUCCUCCUUAAAUAGCACACCUGCAUCUGGAAGCUGUGAUAAGCUCAAGCGCAACGUUACUAAGCACGAAAACACUCCAUCUGUAACCGGGAAGUCUGUGAAGCGUAAACGCAUUGAUGUAGAUGUUGAUGAAAACAUUCAAAGUAGAGCUACAAAGCAGGUUCACAAUGAAAGUGUAAUAAAUUCAAGUUUCGAAUCUGUCUGUCUGACUUCAGAUUGUGAUGAAGGUUUUGGUGAAACUCCGCGCCAAAAGAAAGCCAGAACGGCAUUCUCAAACGAACAGAUUGAGGCGUUGGAGCGACGAUAUGUAACACAGAAAUAUCUACCGGCUGGUGAGAGGUCAAAACUUGCCAGAGAACAGAAACUGACUGAUCAACAGGUGAAAACUUGGUUUCAAAAUAGGAGAAUGAAAGAAAAGCGGAAAAGAAAGGAUGAAUCAUUUCCGGGAAGUAUGCCAUUACCAACAGGUGGCGUUGAUAUCUCUCAGUUACAGGCACUCGGAAUACCUUGUCCGCCGCCGUACACAAUCAGCAACAAACACCAACAAAUGAUGAGAGAUGAUGACAUUCCAAGUUCUCCUUUAUCAACAAUUAGUCCCCAGUCACCGAUGUUCCCAGCGGGACAACAUGUGCCUUUUUAUACGAGAUUUCAACCAAUGACAACUAGCUAUAACUCUUUAUCCGGCUUUGCGUCGCCAAACAAUCAAAUUUCCGGUUAUAGAUGA